AUGAGCUUGGACAAAACCUCAGCUGGCUACCCCUCGAACUUGAGUGGGGACGGCGAUGAGAAGAACAUGCUUGCUGCGCUGGACAUGCAGACGCCUUUGUACUACUUGGGCGGGGUGCACCGCGGUGAAGCUGAUGCUCGGCCUGAUGUGCAAGUCCUCGCUUUAGAUGCACUUUUCACGGCCAAUGCUUCCGGAAGCGAAGGUCUGUUGCAGGCCAAUUCCCACAUGAAGCGCAGCCCAUUCUUUGCUUUCUUGGUUUUUGCUCGUCCUGUGGACCCACCCCAUGGGCCCGGCGCCAUGCUGCGGACGAAGAGCAUCUUCCAGCUCAUCGAGAUGCUACGGAGCCAGGUGGCCAUCGCAGGCUCCCUGCAGAUGGCGAACCUCGCCGUCCGCCACGUAGACAGAGAGCUUGCGGAGGCAACGCGGAAUGCAUACGAGCAGGCGCGAGACCUUUUCAAGAAAGCCGCCGACGUGGUCUCGCGCUAUGCGGAUGUGGCAAAGCAGGUGAGCGAAAACGUCCUGCCUGAUCUCCAGCUGGCCGUCGAAGAACAGGAGCCUGCCAUGGCUGCUGACAUGCUCGAGAUGGUCAAGGACUGGGUGGCCGCCAUGAAGAAAGACAGCGACAUAAUUCGAAGCAACUAUGGCGAGCUUCAAUCUGCCAUAGUGACGCUUGUCGACCGGACUUCCCGCAGCAAACAAGCCGCAGACGUCAAGCUUGCGGCGGCCGUGGCUACAGCGGAGGAGGCCAAGAUCGCCAAAGCCAUGCAGAACCAAACUCAUGGAGCAGGUGAUCCAGGUGCUGCAAGUUGCGGCUUUCCUGAAGAAGAAGAAGUGGCGAAACCGUACCAGGUCGCCACACGCGCAAGCCCUGACCUGUCCCCGGACAUGAAGAGCGGAGUCAGCUCUCAGGUGGACUCGCUGAUAGAGGUCACUGACGAGUCGGUACAGCUGCAGCCUACGGCGGCGGGCAGUGACUACAUGGCUUUGGUGCCCUACAAAGCGAGCCACCUUUUCCGGGAGGAUGCAGAGGGCGCAGCUGGGCAUGCGGCCGACUCAAGCAGGAGCCUGCUUAAGGCCCUGCAUGAGCUGCGGCGGGUAGACUCCAUCUUGGAGGGUUGCUUCGUCUUCUGGGCCGGCAUGGAUCGUGCCGUCCACAAGCUGGGGCAGAUGAAGCAGCAUGCCGAGCGCCUUGUGAACUUCGCCACCAGCACUCCAAAGCUGAGGGAGCGCUUCGACCAGCGUAUGACAGAGUAUGGCAAGAACUGGUCCGAUCUCGAGAAACUGUGCAGAGAGUACAACUCGAAGCAUCAUGAGGAGAACGCGAAGAUGCGACAUGUUGUUCGGGAGACUUGGCAACACAAGCAACUCUUGCGGUGCUUGCUCCGAACCGUGUUACUUACUUGA